UAAUAGGUGAUUCAAAACAGUUACCGGGUGAUUUUUCGGCUUUCGCUUCCCUGUUGUCUUGAUCAAGAUAUAAAUCAUUCUGAUCGGUUUACUGUGGCAGAUUAUCAGUUACGAAUAAUGCACAUGUUGUCACUACGUUGACUGUCAUCCACAGUGACGAGCAUUGUAAACAGAAUUCGAAAAGAAAUGCCGCUGUUUGAUAAUGUUUUUGUUAUCAUAUAUGCAUAAUGACUUUUGUGAUAUGAUCCAACAGCAUAUAAAGCCAGCGGAUGUCUUUAGCAGCUUAUUCCCGCUUUAUCACUCUAACGUUUCAUAUUCAAGAUGAGUGCCGAAAAAUGGGAAAAGAACGAAGAAAUUCAAAUAUUCCGGGAGUACUUGCGAAUUCCAUCUGUGCACCCCAAUAUUGAUUACACCGCUUGUGUGGAGUUUAUUCGUCGUCAGGCUGAUUCCCUCAAUCUCCCGGUGGACGUAGUUUAUCCAGCAGUUAAAUCCAAACCUGUGGUGAUCAUUAAAUGGGAAGGAAGCCAGCCAAAGCUGCCAUCAAUCAUUCUAAACUCGCACAUGGAUGUGGUGCCUGUAUUCCCCGAGAAGUGGACCCAUGAACCCUUCUCCGCUGACAUUGAUGAGGAGGGCAGGAUCUUUGCACGAGGUGCGCAGGACAUGAAAUCGGUGGGCACUCAGUAUCUAGGAGCUAUUCGCCUCUUGAAGGCUGAUGGCUUUCAGCCGAAAAGGACGCUUUAUGUGACCUUUGUGCCCGACGAGGAGAUUGGAGGCAUCCAUGGUAUGGCAGCGUUCGUUGAAACUGACUUUUACAAGCAAAUGAAUGUGGGAUUCAGCUUGGACGAGGGUGGCACUAGUGCUUCCGAUGUUCAUCACUUGUUCUACGCCGAGCGUAUACGAUGGAUACUCAAAUUGAAAGUUGGUGGAACUGCCGGUCAUGGUUCUUUAUUGUUGCCCGAUACUGCCGGAGUUAAGUUCAACUAUGUGUUGAACAAGCUGACGGAGUUCCGUGAAUCGCAAAUCCAGCUACUGAAAAACGACCAAAGCCUCAGCAUCGGUGAUGUGACCACGGUGAAUCUCACCCAGUUGAGUGGCGGAGUGCAGAGCAAUGUGGUUCCACCGCUUUUAGAGGCCAUUUUUGACAUGCGUCUAUCCAUAACCCUGGAUUUGGUUGCCUUCGAGCGGCAAAUUCGGAACUGGUGCGAGGAGGCAGGUGGAGGUAUUGAUAUUGAGUUCCCCCUGAAAGAGGCCUAUGUGGCACCCACCAAACUGGAUGAUUCGAAUCCCUAUUGGUUGGCUUUGAAAGCCGCACUGGAUGAACUUGGACUGAAAGUUAAGCCGAUAGUGUGUUUUGCAGUCACCGAUUGUCGUUUUAUUCGCCAGCAGGGAACACCUGCAAUUGGUUUCUCACCCAUCGUAAAUACUGCUGUGCUAAUCCAUGAUCAUGAUGAGUUUUUGAGGGCUGAUAACUAUUUGAAUGGCAUUCAGGUGUACAAGAAGAUUAUUCCCAGUCUCGCUGAAGUCUAGCCAAGUAAAACUAUGUGGAUAUACCGAAAGUUUUAUGUUCGUAUUUUAACAUUUAAUAGUCAUGCCAUUUAGUUAAUGAUGAGUAUACAUAAAGAUAAGUCUGUCAGAGCAAUACACCUUGUUGAACCAAACACUUGUCUUGAUAAGCAUUUCGAGGUACCAGAUAAAAAUAUAAAACCAAGUACGAAACCAUCUAAAGCUCCAUAAAAUUUUUACUUUACCUUAGGGAAAUUGCAUCAGGAAAAUGAACGUUGAGUUUUGUCUAGACGAAGGUGUGGUUGGUGCCAAUAAAAUCCACCUAAAUGAG